CUGGCAGGUCAGCUCCCCCAAUCUCUCUUCUCUCUCCACCUCUUCCUCUGCCAGUCUUCCUCCCCAAAUCCCACCUCCAGUUCCCUUGUCCCCCUGCGCCCUCCUGGAGCUCACACAAACCUCCUCAUUUAAGAGAUGCUAUCACUGCUCUGCCGUUCCCUCCUGCUCAUCCUCGCUCAGCAGGUAAGAAGAGAUUUAUCUUUUUCUUUUUGAGCGUGAAAAACAGACAGGCAUGUGAAGCGCUCAAUGCCUGUCAUACCUGGAUAGACACAAAUAUUUACAGAUGUAGGAAACAACACAGAGAAAUCCUGACAUUUUUCUACAAGUUUCACAAUUCUUGUAAAAUCUUUGAAUAGUUUUGAUAAAGUUUGGAUUUUAGUCUUUCUGUCUGAAGUGGAAACUAGCACAGGGAGUGGAGACUAGCACAGAGUCUGAGAUCUUUGCAUUUAAAGCAAAGAGAAGGACCCUUUUUUCACACCAUGAAACAAGCUCAUUCUGUAAACCUGGCAGGCAGGCUUCAGAUUUUUGGCAUAACCCUCCAUGACCUUUGGAGCAGUCAGGAAAACUGGAGCACAAGCAGCUCCAAGCAAUGACAGAACCAGAAUAGAAUGCAAAAGCGAAACAAACAAGCAAAGUGAUUUAUAUGAACAUUUGAAAGAUAUUGGGUGUUUCACUAUUAAACCUCAAAAUUUGAAAGUUUGAGUGCAGCUGGUUUGAGCUUUUAUGCUCAUUAGACAUAGCUCAUUCUAUUUCUUAAGUACUUAUGUCAUGAUUUGCUUUUGUAAUUUUUGAACUGCGCCCCAUAAACAACUCAAAUUGCGCAAGUUUGGACGCUAGGAACAGAUUUUGAUGGGUUGCAUAUAAUUUAAUGCCGAUAUGAACUGAAAAGACAAUAUUAAAAGUUGAAACUGACACUUUGGAUUGUUUUGUGAAAAAUAAUCACUCAGUUUAAAGUUGAUGCAAGAAACAUGUUUCUUAAAAUUGGUAACAGACCCACCUACUGCCUCACUGUGGCUUGGGGAGGUUGCCUCUGAAAAAAUUAUGUCCAAUAUGAAAAAGAAACUCCAUCUUUUUGACAAAUGCUGGAGGAGUGCAGGAGUAGCUGUGCUUUUUUAUUGUCAAUGUCCUGACCUUUUAAAUAUUUAAUUAAUUUGUUUAGUUAUUAUUAUUAUUAUUAUUAUUUUUUAUAUCAUUAUGAUCAUUACUAUUACUAUUUUUUUUUAGGGAUGUAGGUAUUAGUUGGCCCAUGGGUUUUGUUCUGGUAGGGGGGUGAGUUUGGGUGAAAUUUGUAGUUCUAUUGUUGUUAUUGAACUUGUAUACUGUUUAUAUUGUCUAAAAACCUACUUUUAUUCCUGGGUUUUUGACCCACCAUGAGACAGCAUUUGUUUUGUUGUUUUUUAUUGUUUUAUUGCUUUUUAUUGUAUUUUAAAACAACUAUUUAUUGUUUUUUUAUGUUACGUACAGCACUUUAGGUCAUCUUUGUUUGUAUUUUGAGUGCUCUAUAAAUAAAGUUGAGUUAUGAGAAAAUGUUAAUAAAUAAAUUGCUAAAAAAAAAAUUAAAAGCGGAAACAGGGCCAUGUUUCCCACCGUGUGCCCUCAGCUCUGCUUUUACCAAUGUUAGUGAACCCCGGAGAUCAGUUUCUAGAGUAAAAUUCGGGCUAAUUCCUCAGGGGGAAUAACAUGCACCAAAUCACACCUUGACUUGACCCUACACCAGUGCAACAAGGACUGUAGUCUCUGUAUACAGAGUGUACAGCUAAACUGUUAUUCAGCAGCGCCUUUUCACUUCUAAACCAGAUGUUACACAAUGAGAACUGUAAGAUCCAUUACAGUAAUGCCACCAGUAAAUCUGUCAGGAAUCAACCGAGAUUGCUCAGCUAUAAAAACUUGCACCAUGCAUGUGGGUAAAGUGUUCACGUUGAGGCUGCAUUCAUAAAUAUAUCACUGUCCUCUUUCUCAGUGCCUCAGCAGGGCUCAGAAUAAUGGACAGCUGGCGACCAGAGAUGGGCGAGCUGCGUCGGAGAGGCGUCAGUUCUGCCAAUGGCCCUGCAAGUGCAGGCAAAGACCUUACUGCGCUCCAGGAGUGAGCUCUGUCCUGGAUGGAUGUGGAUGCUGCAAGAGUUGUGCCCGGCAGAUUGGACAGGCCUGCAAUGAGAGGGAUAUUUGUGACCCCCACAAGGGGAUGUACUGCGAUUUCUCUGCAGACAAGCCAAGAUUUGAAGUUGGAGUAUGUGCAUGUGAGUGGAUCCAUCUUCCCCAAACUUACUCUAUUUUUAUUCUUUUUUAAGAUUAACUCUUGACUCCUCUUCUCCUCAUUGUUGCUUCUCUGUUUGUUGCUCUUGCCGCUAAGAAGAUGCCAUGUCGUGUGGGUACAGUGCAUCCUGUAGCUGUGCACUGUAUUGUUGUCCAUUGCUGUCUAGUAGACAUAUGGUUGCUGUUCCUCUCUGUUGUGCUAUUCUGUUGCACUUUGGGUCUUCAGAUGGGACGAGUUGCUGAAGCUUGUAAACUUUCCGAUGUGAGAUGUUGCUUCCAUGUCCACCUUGCAAUUCAUUUUUACAUUGUCUGGUAGCCUUUCGAUCUCUGUGUCCUUGGCCUUCAAGAGAUGGAGUUGGUCGUUAUUGUGUUCCUCCAUAACUUUUCCAAUGUCAUCUUGUCCUCCCUUUUUCUUGCAUAUGGAUUCUUGAUGCGUAUUAUUUUUGCAGUAGUUGCGCCACACUUUUCAAUACCACUUUCUGGCCUUGUGCCCUUUACAUUCCACACUUCAAACUUGUCACUCUUGCAUCUUCAUCCUAUCCUUUGCUGGUGAGAGGGGUAAGAAAAGAGGGACGUGUGAGAGCGACAUGGAAAUAAAAAGUAGAAGAGAGAGGAAGGGAGAUAAUGAGAUGAAGGGAGAGAAAGGAGGGCAGGAGAGAGAGAACUAAUGAAAGAGGGUAUAAGAGAGGAAGAGUGGGAGAAUGAAAGAGAGUAAGGAGAGAGAAAGAAAGAGAGAGCGUUGGAAAGGGAUAGAGACAGGGAAGGAGGAAGUAAGGGAGAAAAAGAGAGGGAGAGACUAGAAGAGGGGUGAGGAAGAAACUGAGAAAAGAAGGGAAGCCUGAAUAUCCUGUUAUCCCUACGUUUCACUUUAUGGCACAGUAACCUUCUUUCUUCUUAAUGUUGUUUUACAGUUGUCAUGAUUAAUGUGGCUCACCUAUACAGGUGGAAAAAUCCAGCAAUAGGCGAAAUCCUGGAAAAACCACAUCCUUGCUGUACUUGUGUAAUAUCUGGCAAAGACCCUGAUCAUGUGUCUGACAAUUUGGAGCGGACUGAACAGCGCAUGAAGGAGUGACAACUUCCUGUUCAAUGACGAGAUAUCAAUGUUUGAGGGAUGCAACCAAUGACAUACAUAUGCAAAAUGCUUACUCUCAAUACAUCAUCAUUCUCAACAACGAGAAAAAACGAAAAAUUCUUUGGGUUGUAAAAAGAUCCUUACAUAGGGUUUGAUACACGGGCAAUAACCAAGAAGUCAAAAAUUACGCAUCUGUUAUUUCUUAGUUAUAGUUGUGCCUGAGUCCAUGCACUCCCUUACCAAAAAGAAGUAUGUUGAAGUGUACUUCAGGUAUACUGUUUUUAAACUAAGUAUGCUUUCAGUUUACUUUAUGAGCACUUUUUAGAGAUAUACUUGACAAAAUUAAUGUUAAGUAGGCUAUACUUGGCUUUUACUAAGAAUUAUACUUAAAGUCUAAAUAUAUUUAACCUAUUCUUAUACAUAAACUUUUAUCAAGAUAUACUCGAGUAUGUAUUUGUGCCUUUGGUUUAAGUAUACUUGGUCAGUGAAUACUUCCAUAUAUCUUUUAAAGAGUAUACUUUAAUUGUAUACUCCCCCUAAAAUAGAUAAGCAGUACAAGACAAGUAUAUAAAUAUGUACUACUAUUGAAAUAAUAGCAUAGCAAAAGGUAAUUUUGAUUGUGCUUCAGAGUCAGUGGGCAUAUAGCCGAGUGGAUUAAGGUGCGCCCCAUGUUAAUGACUGUAGUUCCCGCUGUGGUCACGGGUUUGAUUCCUACUUUGACUAUGUGCUGCAUGUCAUCCUUUGGGAAGUAUACUAAAAUGAACUUCCGUAUACUUCAUAAAACGUACUUGAGGUAUACUUUUUUUGGUAAGGGUUGGCACUGAAGUACAACAUUCAUGUGUGAAAAAUGUCCUCAGUGUUCGAGCCCUGAUCUUCCCCCCUCACAUUUUCAGACCUAAUGGCGGUGGGCUGUGACCUGAAUGGAGUCCACUAUGAGAACGGAGAAGCUUUCCAGCCCAGCCCCCUCUACAAGUGCACAUGCAUCGCUGGAGCCAUUGGCUGCACCCCUGCCUUCAUUCAGAAGCCUGCCGGGCUGUUAGGCCCCGCCCCCUUGAUGGGCAACAUGCCAGCUGGCCUUCGCAGUGGCCAGAGCUCAAAGAAGCACCAGCAGGAUACCACCUACAUGUCAGGUGAGUGUUUGUAGAGCAGAUCUAUGGAGAAGGGCUGUUUGUAUAUCUGAGGAGUAAUGCUAACUGCUGUUAGGUGGAUGUAAGAGGGAGGAGGGUUUCAUAGUGAGGGAGGGGUGAGGUGUGGCUGCCUGUGGUUAGACUGUCCCACAGAGGAAAACAGAAGAUAGAUGGUUCCACUUAUAAACAGGAAGAGGGACAGCCCUCUUUUAUUAAGAACAGCAGAGUCCACUGUGGAAUACCAAUGUUAAUUUGUUUGUAUGCUUAGCAUGAGCUACAGUACUGUGUUGCAUAAAAAGUGCUUUGUGAAAUAUCAUUCCCUUGAGGUGGGCUCAACUGAGUCAUUUAGGUCUUUUGAUAGGUUCUGAUCCGUGCUCUGCCGGCAGUAAUGUGGCACACAGAGGGUUUCUCUGUGUAGGGUGUUGUUGACACAGUGCCCUUUAACUGUAACACUGAAAGCUUACAGGGAUCCUCCCUUAGCCUGGAAGAAGAACUGCCUGAUCCAGACUACCCCCUGGAGUCCCUGCUCCAAAACCUGCGGCCUGGGCAUCUCUGUGCGCGUCAACAAUGACAACAGCAAAUGUGAGAUGAGGAAGGACCGACGGUUGUGUCUGCUGCGACCCUGCCAGAAGAGCUUGCUGAAGAGUAUCAAGGUGACAACUCAGUCAGAUAUUGUCAAACAGAGACAUACAAGGGCUGUUUUAAAAGGCAGGGGCGGAAAAAAAAAGAAGGGUACUUCCUGUAUACCAUAGGCCACCAGUAGGACCACAGACGGGGGGACAACUAGGCCAGUUGUCUUGCUGAACGACAUGCGAGAAUGAUUUUCCAAAAUUUGCUUUUUUUAUUUAAAAUGUAUUCUAUUUGAAUCACAAAUUAAUAUUUUCCUAUUUGUUUUCAUAAUUUUCCUUGAAAUAGUGGUCAAAACUGUUAUUCUAUCCCCUAACUUUAAAAGUCAGCCCCCCUACUUUACUGUAAGUUCCAUUUACUGAGAGGUCACUCAGAGGACACCAUUUUUACACUACAUCAUCAUAGGCAAUCUAGAUUGAAUUUUUUUUUUCUUGGUGACUGGAGGGCCAUCCAGAGGCACCUUUUAGGGUUCCAUCUACUGGAAGGACAUACAAAGAGCAUUUUUCUGGUUCCAUCUACUGGAAGGGUUAGGGACGGUAAUCAGGAACCGGUUCUUGUUGAGAGCUGGUUCAAAAAGGUUCAAUCCAUCGACAUCAUUUACAUUUUGUCUUAAUGAUUCCUUUCUUCCGGGUACCUUGAAAAACAGUCUCGUGAGAGCCAGUCUGUGCGAACGAGGACAGAGACUUUGAGAGAAAAAAAACAUGGCCGACGGUACAAAAAGUAGGCAGAAACUAUCAAAGCGUGGCUUCAUUUUCACUAAGAAAGACGACAACAGCGCCACGUUCAACGUUUGUCGAGCAGUGAUUACAUGCAAAGGUGGAAACACCAGCAACAUGCUUAAACAUUUGUCAACGGGGCACAGCAGCAAAUAUAAGGAGUCAGUAAAAAUCUACAGUCUACCUUUUCUUUUAAAUUAAAGAAAGGCAUUGUUAAGGGAAUCGUUAAAAAGUUGAAUCGAUAAGCAGAAUCGAUAAUGGCAUCGUUAUCGAUAAAAUCUUAUCAAUUCCCAUCCCUAGGAAGGGUAAACACAGGACUGUUUUUACAUUAUAUCUCACGGAAGAGCAUCCAGAGGGCCCUUUCCCAUACUUUUUACACUGAAGGAAUACCCACAAGGCCUUUUUUUCUUUUUACACUACAGUAUUGACUGGGAGGGCCACCACUGGGUUGACAGUAUUCUUCUCUGGGAUGAUAUAUUUACAUAUAAAACUACUGUUAUGCCUUCACAGGUGCCAAAGGGAAAAACAUGCAGACCCAAAUUCCAAGCAAAGAAAGCAGAGAAGCUGACCCUCUCAGGCUGCACCAGCACCAAGAAGUUUAAGCCCACGUACUGCGGUUUGUGUACAGACAAACGCUGCUGCGUCCCAAACAAGUCCCGCAUGAUCAAGGUCAACUUCACGUGUAAGGGAGGCUCCAACACACAGUGGAAGAUGCAGUGGGUGACGUCCUGCGUGUGUCAGAGGAAGUGCAACGAUCCAGGUGACAUGUUCUCUGACCUGAAGUUACUGUAAUGGAUCCAGUCAAGAAGUCCAGAGACACAAACGCGUGAGACGAGUCCUACUGGGUCAGACUGAGGACUUGACUCAUGCAUACUCACAGUAUUACCGUACCAUGAUGACAACAUCUAAAUAAUCUAGAGUGCAUGAUCCAAAGAGUUAAAGGGGUGGAAUCAUGCUUUUCCACAUUCACAAGAAAAACAGCAAAGUUACAAAUUAAGUGUUGAUACUAGAUAUAUACAAAGUCUCAAACCACCAGGUAAAGGUAUGUUGUCUUAAUCAUAGAAAAUAGAUGUAAACUGCCCAAAAUGGGAGCCAAUUCCAGCCAAGUGGCACGUCCUGCCUCCAACAGCUUGUGAGGUGACACCAUAGACUCCUCGCUGGGUGAAGCCUCUGCGAAAACAGCACCCCCUAGUGACUGGUUGCAGUAUAGGUCGUAAACCCCGCCUCCUACAGCAAACUUGGUGCAAAUGGUGCUGUGAACAACCUUUAAAAAUGAAUUAUGCAAAAUGUAAUUUUUUUCGCCCCUCUUGGUUGUGAUGUUGACAUGUAGCUAUUGUUAGACUGGUUUGUGCUCAAGUCCUCUUUUUUCCAAAGCUGGUGCUUCGGCCUAUGGGCAGAAGAAGAUUGUGUAGAUCAUCUGAGGGGUACGCUGUUUGACCAGAGCGUCACCACAGCUACUCUCACGACGAAUGCAUACAACACUACUGCCCAAGUGGUGGUUUCACAAAAUGGGAAAAAUCCAGGAAAUAAUGAGAACAAUUUGGCUUUAAAUUCAUACAAUGAUGGGAGGCGGAGCCAGGUUGUCCAUACUAUAUAAAGUCUAUGGUGACACCUUUGACUGUGACACCCGCAGCACUGUUCCACCGCUCUAAAAUACAAUUGAGGAGGCAGGGCCAAAACAUUGAGGCUUCUGGAAAGCCUUCAGGGAGGUGGCCAAUCAUUGGAAAGUAGAAUUGUGGAGUGGGGGGGACCUUAAAGAGACAGCAUCUAAAAUGAAGUGUUUCAGAUGGAGGCUGAAAUAAUACGUCAAUUUACCACAAUGAGAAAUUUGAGAAGGGUGACCAUAUUCCGACUUCCCAUAAAGAGGACACGACUACGAGGGGGAGGAGUCACUGAGUCGCACAAAGUUGAUUUUGACAGUUUUUCGGGUCAGAUCGUGUGUCUUUUAUGCGCUUCUAACUCAGUAAGUCCACGUGACACAAAAUCGAAACUAACAUACAAAACCGCAGACAUUUGAAUGGUUUUAUACACUUCCCUGGACAAAGCCGGACAAUUCUGGACUGCCCCCAAAAAAGAGGACAUGUCCGGGUAAAAGAGGACAUAUGGUCACCCUAAAUUUGAGGCUUUUUUAAAAUCAUGUAAAGCUAUUAAAGGGGAAUCAGAAUGAAAAUAUAGAGUCUGAAAAAAAUGCCUCAUUGAGAAUUAAAUUUCACUGUAAGUUAAAGGGUCGUUAAAGCUUUUCAGCUGAUCAGCCAGGCAGUGCUAUACUGAUGCAAGAUCACAUAAUUUUUGAUGCAUUACGUCAACAGAGACGUGAGAAGAGGAUUGGCAGCGAGGUGGACUACAGCAAGCGAUCAAAGGGUUUGUCUAAACUUCACGAAAAACAUUACAACAAAGUGCAACACAAGUGGCCAAGACAUGUCGUGUAAGGGAGGAAGUACCUCCAAUAUGAUGUUGAUUAAGGUAAAAUGUUCUGUAUUUCAUGUGCUGCUGUUCAACAAAACAUCGUGGACACAGACUCUCAUAUACAAAACACAGUUGAGCUUAUGUUCAUAUUAGAUCUGUUGUAAUGUACUUGACAAUAAGUGUCUUUUUAAAAAAUGAAAUGCCGAUAUUGUGCUAAAAAUAAACAUACAGCUACACUGUGAAUUCAUAAACGUGGUCCUGUACUCAGAUUUUUAUAUAAUGUAGGACAGACAAAGAAGAUGCUGCAGCUGCUUGCAAGCUAGCUUUAGCAUUUCACAGAUUUACUGUGAUUCCAAAAACAAAAUAAGACACAGAAGUUGCUUGUGAAGGCAGCUGGUGAUGCAAACCGUAAAGGCUGAGUCCUUUGUAGCCUGCUAUGAGACCUUUAAAAUCCAAAAUAUGAAAAAGUAAGACUUGAGGUGGGAACUUUGGUAUUUUUCAACCUGGGCCCAUGUGUUUGUGUGCUUGACUGAUGGCUGCGCUGCUCUAUGUCUCAAUACUGAUCAAUUUCAGAGGUUGUUUUCCCCAAUCAAGCUCUAACAAACACAUGGAAAAAUGGGGCCCAUAUUGAAAAAUACUGAAGUUUUCCUUUUUGUUUUUCCUGAUGAUAAUGUAAGUCAAGAAAAAGCAAGAGAGACCAAAGUGACACAUAAAACCUCAUUUUUUUAAAGACAGAAUGGCUUCAAUGAUUCAAGAGAUUGGUUAUGAAAGUUUUUAAGUUAGAGAAAUAAUACUUUACAAACUUUGUGUGAUAUUUACAAAUGUACAAAAAAAAUUACAGCAACCUCCUCAGAGCAAUUAAAGACUUCUAAAACCCUUCGGGAGAGUCUUUUUUGUUCUUGUAUGUUUUUUCAGUCAAAGAAAAUAUUUAAUCAGGUCACAAGUUAGAUUAUAAUCAUGUAUAAAUUAUAAGGGUAUGUACAAAAGUUUUGGUCGUGUCUUGUCAUUAUUUCCAGGUUUUCAGUGUUGGAAAAAAACAAACCUUGUCAGUUCAAUAGACUAUUAUCUGGCAAUGCUGAAUCGUGGUGCGUCGGGCAUCAGUCUCCCCUUUGUGGCGUCCAGAUGAUCGUACUCUUCAAUCAGCGAGUUUAGACAGCUGACGGCCUCCGUGAAGUAACUCUGCUCCAUCCCGUCUACGUGCAGGUAGUGAUGCAGAUGAGCCUGUGGAAAUUUUUAGAUUAUUAAUCUUUAAACUAAAAAAUAUACCUUAAAUCUGAGUGACUCUCCCAAACUGACAAGAACUUCUGUACAGAGUCUGGAAGUGACUUUAAUUGGGCUCUAAACAUUAUUUUCAUUUACUUUGUAGUAAAAUAAGUCAAAGUUUCAUGACGUAGGACUUUUAAAACAGUGGGUUUGUGUGACGUAUGACCCUAUUUUGCAGAACAACUUGCGAAUUUUGAGUUGUUUAAAAGUAAAGCCCCACAGUUCAACACAGUAAAGCAAGUAAGGAACAAUAAGAGAGCAAAAAAAUAUGUGUAAGGCCUCAUAUUUUAAUUUUAUAUCUAGAUUUAUACAGGACUAAAUAUGCACCUUCUUUCUGUAGAGUUUGGUGAAGCGCUCCCUCAGCCCGAUGAAGGUGGGCUUCACACAAGUGUUGUUGGCGAGAGCGAGCAAAGAGUGAGAGUGACCCACAGGAGGGACUGAACACAGGCUGGUCUUCCAGCCCUCCUGGUUCCACGAGACGAAGGGCAGCGAAGGCUUCAGUCUGCAGAGGACGAAACAAACAGGGUUCAGCUCAGAGGAUGGUUUACAUGUCAUUUAUGGAAAUAUGAGAAAGGAAAUGUACUAUUUGAGGAGUGAUUUGAUAUCUUAUUACUUGGAAAAAUAUUCCUGAACAAUGAUUUCAAUUUUGAGGUCACAAAACACAUAAGAGCCUGAGUUCACAUCUGAUUUAGUCCUCAGCACAAAUAAGAUCAUAGUUGAUCAAUUUAACAUCUACAUGGAUGAUGACAAUAAUAUAUAGCAGAGAUAUUUUACAUUAAAUAAUAACAUUUUUCAGUUUCAACAUCUGACAGCCAAUAUUUGUUCACUUUUCUCCCUUCUUCUCAAUCUUCUUUUUGGUACCAUGUACAAACAUGAACUCUCACAGCAGCAUCUGUCUCAGUUUCUCUUGACAACCACAGAAAAACAAGUUCUGCUGAGGGGAGCUUAGUGCUGAAUGGACCAGUCAUGAAUCACUACUGUCAAAGCUAAAUGAGGUACUAUUCAGCAGGCUGGGAGUGGAGGUAAUAUUUAAGUUCAUGGGCAGGGGACAAAAUAUGACUUAAUGGUACCACUCAAGGAGGAAAAGGCUGGUAAUAAUUUUUGAAAAGGUCAAUACCCGCAGUUAAUAUUUUGGCAUGAUAGACUUUUCUGAGGGGCAGCUGUGUCACAGUUAUCAGCUCAUGAAGUAAACCACCCCUCCUGAAAAUUGGAGUUCAGCUGCUGGUGUGUAUCCUAGUUUGUCUUAUAUUCACGAUAUUUUUCAGUGUUUUACAAUACUGAUAUACUUUUUCCACUUUUUUUUACUUUAUCCCUUUGACAUCUCGGAACAUCAAGGACACAAAACAAAGACAGGAAAAUCACAGGUCCAUGAAAGCCAAAGGUCGCCAACUUGAGCGUCUUAACAGAAAAUCUCCUCUCACUAUCCACAAAGAAGUGCAUAAAUCCCAUAUAUUACAGUACAAGGACUUAUUUUCUCAAGCAAAAUCAAACUACUACUCCAACUUCAUCAGUUCAAAUGAAAGAAACACCAAGACUGUUCUCACUAUUCUUCAAACUUCUCCAAAUCCUGAUCCCCUACCUGCUCAUCUGUACUCCACCAACACCUGAAACUCUUUUUUUAGUUUGUUUUUAUGACAAAAAUUCACAAAAUUCACCAGCAUUUAAACUCCAAUCUGACACCUCUUUCCUCCUCUGAACCUCUCCCCCAGUGUCAACCUAUUCAUUGGUUUCCAACAUCCUGCUGCUUCUGACAUCUCAGCCCUCAUCCAAAAAUCCAAGCACUCUAUAUGUCAGCUUGAUCCCCUUCCCACAGGUUAAGUGUCCGGGUGUCCUCCUCAACAGCUCCCUAUCAUUCCAACCUCACAUUAAUAUUAUUACCCUAACCCUAACUAUAAAGUUUAUCAGUUUGAACAUUAAAUACCAUGUCUUGGCCAUGUAUUCGGCUAAACAACCUAAAAACAUAGACUAUUUGGGUGGGUUCGCUGACUAGUUGGUUGUUUUGAUAGAAGAGGGAUGGGGGGGUUGGGGGUCUUACCUCUCGAUGUUCCUGCGGAGGUCAGACACCUGCACAUUGCCCCUGACCAUAAGGGCGCAGGCCAGGUAGAGGCUGUGCUUUGGGUCAGCUCGGAUUAGCUGGUGGUCUUUACUGAAGGCAUCACUGAACAUCUGGUCCAGUCUGGAGACAGAGCAAAGUUUAAAAAUCAUUUUUCCAGAUUUGCAUACUGCAUAAUAAGAACCUUUCUCAUGGUUUGUUCGGCACAUAAUUUGCUAUAGUGACUGAAAUGGUCUUUGAGCUACACUGAAGUUAGACCGCUGAUUAAAAAAGUAAAGCAGAAGAAGGAAGAGACCUUGUGACUGUGUUUAUUCUAGCAAAAUUCUGCUGGGCGUGCAAGAUAUUUUUAAGCAACACCCUGCUUUGCUUUAGUCUCAUGUUUACCGCUGAGAGUUUAUUCAGUACAACCACCACUCACUUUAAAUCAAUAAGCAGCCCCUCUGGACGAAACCAGGUCUAUAGGGUUCACACACAGACUACUUUCAUGGCAGAUGUUUUUAGGGUGGAGCUGGGGGGGGGAGAGGCUGUUAACAGAUCAGACGCUGUUUUUCCUGCCAAGCGCUGAGAUUGAGGUAGCUGUGAUCCAUUUUGACAAAAUGAAUCCUUGUUUUGUGACAUUUGAAAGUCUUUUAAGUUGUAAAAUAUAAGCCAGUUUAAUGUUGUUUGAACACUAUCACAUUGUGUAUAUUUUCUGAGGAUGAAAAAACAACCUUCUGGGGGGGACACUGACAUCUGCCAGCGUGUAGAGAGGGGUGAGGCUGGGUACCAAGUAGUGCAUACGAGGAAAUGGGACCAGAUUCAUGGCAAUCUCAUUCAGAUCCAUGUUCAGAGAUCCCUCAAAGCGAGCCGAGCUGCAACACAAAAUGAGAGGUGACACAUGAGCACCAUUUUAAACCAUGUCAGACUUAUUUUAAAGAUGAUCAACCCUGAAAAAUCUCCUCAGACAUUGUAGGAGCCACAGAUGGAGUUCUUGUUUUCAUGACCUAUGAGAACAUGUCUGAUGUCAAAUAGUGAUGCUAUACCUGGUGAUAUUAAGCAACAGGUUAGCCACAAUGUUGUUCAUCGUGUCAAACGGCUUCUCUGCCCUGCUGAGUCCGCCCUGGCCUGACAUGACAGUGGUGUCCGUCUUGAUCACAGAGCCUGGUUUCCCACAAUGAGACAUGUGUUUAAUCUUGUUUACAAUGUGGACCAGUGCCUGCGGGAGGGAAAAGGGACAGAAAAUUAAAUAAAAACUGGAGGUUUCAAUCACGCAAACACAAAGGAUGUCUGCAGGGAGAUGGACAAUGUGAGCUUCACACACCUGGUUUUCAAUAGGCAGCACACAGUCGGCGUGCUCUGUGAGUUCCUUCAUCGCCAGGAUGCUGUUGUACGGCGAUGUGAUGACAUCGUCCUCUGCAGAUGGAUAGAUGGAGGUGACGAUUCGACACACUUCGGGAAACUCUUCCUCCAGCAUACUCAGCACCCUCGUCCCCAAUCCAGAGCCUGUACCUUCAAUUUGAGAUCACUGCAUUUAUAUUCGGCUUCAAAUUCAUGUCCAUAUCUAUCUUAGUCUUUAUCAUGAGUGUAAAAAUACUGUAGAAAUGUAUUUAUUUCAUUAACUGAGACACAUUCAUGCAGUUAAGAAAUGUCCAAAUGCCCUAAAAUACUCACACAGUACAAAACAGAAUCAGAGAGGUUGCUCUUGAGAAACAGCUGUUUCAAAGGGUUAGUAUGAAAAUACAAAAAAAGCUUCAUUAGACUUUUUGACCUUAAAACCUCUUACAACAAUAAUUUUUCCAACUUCAAAUUUCCACCAUGUUUCAAGUUUCUGAGAUUUGUGGUUUCAAUAAGGCAUCAGAAUUUUGGUUCCUGCUGACAUAACAUUAAAAUAGCAACAAGAGGAGAUGAACAUGGCACGAUUGACCUUCAAUCAAUGCAUGUAGAGCUUUGACAUGAGUGUGUGUUUUACAGUAGGCUAAGCAUGUGAGCAUACCUCCCUCAUAGCAGGUACAGGAGCAGGGAUCAUGGUCAUUAACACACUUAGUGGUUCACAGAUGGUUAUUGUUCCUCAGGUGCAUCAUAUAUACAUGAUCAAACAGAACUUCCUAAGCAUAAAUAAAUCAUUUAUAAGGUUUGGCUCCUGCUGCCAUCUACUGUCUCUAAUUUGCACUGCACCACGGGCAGCAUGUUCACAGCAUCUGCAGCCAUAUCAGUUCUGUAAAGGGUAUCAGUGCAUGUAUUCUCAAGGCGCGCAUCAGGAUGAACUGCUGUGGUAUGACUUCACAAAAAAUGAUGACACAGCAAUAAAAGCAACAUGUGGUGCUUCCCAUAUCAUGAAUUAUUUCCUCCAACACAUUGUGAAUUUGAGGGGUUGCACUGUAUCCAAUGUCUUGCGGUCAUUCUUCACUAAAACACCAUGUCCACAGCUAGCAGUAGCAGCUAACUGCUCAGUGUUUUUGUCCCUUACCUCCUCCCAUAGAGUGAAUGAGAAAGAAGCACUGUAGACAGUCACAAUGCUCUGCUGUCUUCCUCAGUUUAUCCACUAUCUGCUCCCUGUAGGCUGAGCCAUAUGUCAUGUGACCGACUGCCCUGGAUGGGAGGAGGUGAAAGAGUUAACAUUUACUAAAUCUGAAAAGCUGGUCACAGACAGGACAGAGAAGAUAUACACAGUAAAAAAAAUCACCUGCGUGAAAAUAUUUCAGAUUUAGAAUAAUAAGUUAAUGCAAAAAUGACCUUAAAUAAAACAUAAAUAUAAUAGUUUGGGGGGUGAUUUCAAACAUUCCUGGAGAAAACCCUGGACGUGAUGAUCCGAGGUCAGCCUGUUAACUCUCACCAGUUGUUGCCUGAACCUGACACGUCUGUGAGGAACUGUGUGCUGUCAAAAACCUCUCUCAGUGGGCCCUGCAGGAUCUCAUUGACAACACCUUCCUCCAUGUCCACCAGCACCGCCUGUGGAUUUAAAUAUAACAGUAUGAGGCCAGCACAUUAAUCACUGCUAUAAACUGAAACACCAGUGGCUCCCUGCUGUCUUUCCAUAACUCCUCUUUGUGACCUUCACAAUUCAUGCCUUUAUCCUCACCUGACCUGAACUUUAACUCUCUAGUGUUAUGCCUGGGAGGACUGUGAGACAGAAAUGUCUCUCAAGCUGUUUUCUUUGAAAAGUAAGGACUUACUCUGGCUUUCAGAUUUUCAAUCUUCCCACCAACACCACAGGAUCCUCCGUCAUUCCUUCUAUGAAGAACAGACCAAUAUCAAAGAAACUGUAACACCGAGUUACACACCCCCUCGAAAGAUGACUGUUGCCGACCGCUUGCCUCUCUAAUUAUACCAACUUUAGUAAUGACCGAAAAAUAGCAAUGUGUAUUGCUAUCGUGCGGUCGCUACUGAAGUUGGUAUAAGUAGAGAAGCAAGCGGUCAGCAGCAUCCAUCUCUCGAGGGUGUGUCUAACUCGGUGUUACGAUGUGUGUGACCCUAAAUUAAUUUUACGCCAGAAUGUCCCUAAAUCAAUAUUAUAUGAAGACUUAAGGGAGUACAUAAUUUACUGGUGAAACAAGAGUGAUUACCUGAGGUCCACGUUUCGAAAAAAGCUGCUGAGGGCUUCAUCAUACACUCCUUUCUGACAGGGGGAGGAAGACUGAGUGUUAAAACUGCUCUUAGAGGUCAGGAUGGGCUACAAAUACAUGUUUUCAAUGGACGAAACUAUACAAAAGUAUAGGGGCCAGUGCCUUUUAACUCUUCACAGUUUAUUUGAGCAUCUCUUGAAAAAAUUGAAUGACAAAAUAAAAACUUAUAUUAUGUGAACAGUUGGCCGACACAACAUAGACUACUUACUGUAAAGACUGACAUAAAAUUCUGUUUGAAAAGGGUAAAGGAUUAAGUAAAUAACGUAUCUUGCCGUUUUUUGUUUGUCCAACACAUUAUAUUAUCUAAAUAUUGUAUUGAAUUGUGUUGUUGUUUCUCAGAGAGAGCCUCUUUUUGGUUAAUGUGUGUAUUGACACUUACUUUAUUGACAUGGGCAUGUUCACGCAGAGCAAGAUCCCAAAACCUGCAGCCCACCUG